AUGGCGUCGAUUGCAUCAAGGUCAGCGGAGUCUCCAUCGCUUUCAGCUUCCCUGGCGUCUACCAGGCCUACUUCGGUAGACUCAAAACAAGAUGACGAUCUCCCGACAAUCCACUUCACAAACGUGCAAGAUCUUUUCGGCACGAUCGAUUGCGCUACUGGGGAUUUCCUUGCCGUUACACACGUCUCUCCUAGCAAUUUUACCGAAAUCGAGCGUGAGCGAGAGAAGCAACGCCGCAAGUUCCGUUUCCGUCGCUACCAUAGCAAUCGCCAGCUCCUUCUUAUCACAAUCCCGACCGACGUCCACGACACACUUCAUCUCGGGAUUUAUAUGAGGUUUUAUGCACAACUUGUCAGAAGUGGUAGAGAACACGAUUGGAAAACAAUUGGUCCCGCUACACGUCCAGCACAGCAAGACCAUCCUAGAGGAGAUGGCGGUGAGGGUGACUCGACUGGCGGUCCAAAACCGGACCGUGCUACCAAAGGUGCCUGGCCAACCCUUGUCAUUGACGCGGGUUUCUCUGAGUCUUUAAACGGGCUGCAUCACCAAGUUAAAAUCAUUCUUCUUGCCAAGUUCGAGCAUGCUCGCCGCACUAUUAUCCUGGAGAAGUGGGAGGAGGAAGCAAGGAGUACUCGUCCUGGAGCCAUGACGACGCGAUACGCUGCGGCCGUUCAGCCUAUCCUGCAGCAGAUCAUCACGAUCACAAAGGAUCUCACUACCGACCCGGUAUCGUACAAUGUCACUAGCGGUGCAUUGGUAUUGGGGUUUAGGCUCUUGUUCCUUCGAGAUCCAGGCCCUGGAGAGGGAGACUUUGUCUUGAGUGUUCAAGAGCUGGAGGGUUACGCAGAAGAUGUUUGGGCCUCAUUGUAA